UGUAACAACAGUACUCUCUAAAUAAUUUAAGAUAAAUUGUAGAUUUCAAAACAACUUUAAUUUGUGGCACAAUUGUGGAAAAAAGCUGUUUAAGCACAGCAUCACAACACUCCUCUCCUAUAACAGUAUAUAAGCUUUUUUAUUUUUGGGAAUUUUUUAAAUGUUAUAUUAUGAUUUUAAACAGUUUGUUAUGACUAACAUUUCAGGCAUCAGGCUUGUUGGAGGUUCUCGCUGCUCUGGGAGGUUAGAGGUGCCUCAUGGGAACACAUGGUACACAGUGUGUGACACUGUCUUUGACCAGCAGGAUGCAGAGGUUGUGUGUAGAGAGCUGGACUGUGGGGCUCCUGUACAGGUGCUGGGAGCAGCUGCUUUUGGCAAAGGAAACGCUCAGAUGUGGACACAAGAGAUUCAGUGCAGAGGAGAUGAGUAUCAGUUUGCUCUUUGUCCAACAACACCUUCACAAUUUUGUUCCCAUGAGAAUGAUGUGAGCGUUGUAUGUGCUGAAACAGUGAGAUUAGUAGGUGGUAACAGUCGCUGUGCUGGUCGAGUGGAGGUUCUUCAUGAUGGUGAGUGGGGAACAGUGUGUGAUGUUGGCUGGGAUUUGCCUGAUGCUGCAGUGGUGUGUAGAGAACUUGGCUGUGGAGAGGCUUUAACUGCACCAAAGAGUGCUUACUUUGGUGAAGGAUCAGGAGAGGUCUGGAUUUCUGGUUUACAGUGUACUGGAUCAGAGUUUACAUUGACAAACUGUAGAUUCAAUGGAUGGGGAAUAGAAGCUAAUCAUACUGAAGAUGCUGGAGUCAUCUGCUCUGGAGUCAGGCUGGUUGGAGGAUCUCGCUGUUCUGGCAGAGUAGAAGUGCCUCAUGAUCAGACGUGGAUGUCAGUGUGUGACGCUGUCUUUGACCAGCAGGAUGCAGAGGUUGUGUGUAGAGAGCUGGACUGUGGGGCCCCUGUACGGGUGCUGGGAGCAGCUGCUUUUGGUAAAGGAGACGCUCAGAUGUGGACACAAGAGAUUCAGUGUGGAGGAAAUGAAUCCUAUAUAUCUUUGUGUCCAACAUCAUCUUCUCUCAAACAAAAUUGCACCCAUGAGAAUGCCACUGGACUGUUAUGUUUCGGUUACACUGAUCUCAGGCUGGUAAACGGUCCUGACAUCUGUUCUGGUCGAGUUGAACGUCAGUACUUCAGUAAAUGGGGCACAGUGUGUGAUGCAUGCUGGGAUAUGAGAGCUGCCAGUGGUCCUCUCUCUGUCAGUGUCCACUACUCCUGCCACAACAUCAUCAGCUUCUCCUCCAGUUUCUCCUCCAGUGCGCUCAACAUCAGUCGCUCCUCCACAAACUCCUCCACCAGCGUCUCCCCCAGUGCUGGGAGUCUCAUCUCUGAAGAACUGCAUUCUGGGUAUGAAGAUGCUGAUGAGCUUCUCUCAGAAGAGAUGGUGAAGGAAAUCACACCGGGAUACUAUGAUGAUGUCAUCACUGAUGGACUGAAACCAAAUCUGAACACACCAGAGAAUUAUGAUGAUGUCAUCAUUAAUAGACCGAGCUCUCGUGGGGUAACAGAGGGAGUUCAGGAGGAGUAUGAUGAUGUGAUGAGUGUCAGUGAAGAUGUGAGAAACCUGUUGGACCAGGUGUUCCCCAUUUAG